AUGAAUGGCCGCGAAGAUGAUUCGCCGCCCUACAUCGCCCUCUACGGAAACGGCCACGGCCCAUACAGCUCCUCAAUAGCCUCCUCAGCCUCGUCCUCCUCCGCCUCCGUCUGGUCCGAUUCCGCCUCCCAGUCAUCGGACGACUCCUCAGUUACCAGCACCUCCGAUUCCGAACCCGCGGAGACGUAUAACUGCCCACCUUCAUUUGUGGCGGCCACCAACGCCUGCGAAAAAGAGAUAUCGGUCGCAACGUACUGGCCCAAGAAACAUAAAUCUACCCAGCUCCCACCCCAACAGCAGCGACAGCACCCAAGAAGAACGAGCGCGGAAACCUCGCUCCCGAGAUGCCCCCCCUCGUUAGUCCGCCAAAGCGACCGAAAGGUCAGCUUCGUCGAUAGCCUCGUCGAUUCUUCCGCCCAGAUUGUUGAAGCCAUCUGGCCGCUGUCGUCCGUUGUUUGUAGAAACGAUAUAGGUAAUAAGGGUGUUCUUCCGCUCCGCACAUUCAUUCAGGAGACGCUGCGCAGAUCAAGAACAAGUUACUCGACCUUGCAGGUUGCGUUGUACUACCUGAUCCUGAUUAAGCCGCAUGUGCCCAAGCAUGAUUUCACGAUGGAGCAACCCGAUGAUGCGCACUCGAUCCGCGCUCUGCAAUGUGGUCGACGAAUGUUCCUUUCUGCUCUGAUUCUUGCAUCCAAGUAUCUUCAAGACCGGAACUUCUCGGCCCGUGCGUGGAGCAAGAUCUCUGGACUGAACACUUUGGAAAUCAACCAAAAUGAGAUGGCUUUCCUCUUGGCCGUCAACUGGCAGUUGCAUAUUACUGAUGCCGUCUUCCAACGCUGGACCGACAUCGUUCUCAAAUACACUCCCACGCAACCCCCGUCUGCGGGAGCAGCGUGUCCUCGACUUGCUGAGCAAUCGGCGAAUUGGAAAUUAAUAAUUCUUAAGCUCAACCCCGCGUUGGAUAACGUGGAUGGGAUCUCACCAUCGGUAUCUGCUAAGGAUAGGUCUAUGCCUCAUUCUAGCCCACGGUCGCUCCCACCAAUGGUUGCCGACCAUGCCACAUUUGGAUAUGGUUCGAAUGAAUCUACCCCAACUCCAAAGUACUACGCACCUAGUGUUAUGGAGCCUUGUCUUCCGACGAGCGCUCAGAGCAGACCCGCACCAGCCCCUGGCCUGCUGCCCACCCCAAGGCUGACGCCCCAAAGUUCCGGAUUCAACACUCCUGCAGUGAGUGCGGCUUCCUAUAUACUCGGCAAAUCGGCGAUGGGUUGCGCUAUGGCUCAGGCAUCAACUGCCAGCGUCUCGCAGCUGACGGAAAGAUGGCCAACCUCUUCGCCUCAAUCAUACGUCUGCCGCCGGUCCUCCUUGGCCAGCUCGGUCUCUUCAAUGUCCUCGCCAGAAUCAAUGGUCUCGGACACAUCAUCUCGGUCCUCUCGGUCCUCUUCGAUCUCAUCCGCCUCGUCUUUGAUGAGCGCGCCGAUCUCCACGAAACUGGAUGUUCAGGCGCGCUGUCGCUACGCGAAGCUGUGCAGUGAGAGACAGACACGGACCGUCAUUGCUCCCGUCCCAGAAUACGGCGAUAAUGGCCCAACCUCAUCGCCAGAGUCCUACACCGGCCCAGUUGGCAAGGACUUUGUUGAUUUAUCGCUGGAUACUCCAUUGGCAAAAAGAGACCUUGACGCGGAUUUCUUCUCGAAGGACGAAGAAGCCGCCCGUGCUCUACAAGAACUUCACAACCAUCCCCGGUCUGUAGACUCUCCAAGUAGAGCUGGCGCGAAACGUAGUCGCCCCCAAUCAAUUGAUAACUCUCUGCAAGAAAAUGUUAGAGAGAUGUUGAGCGGCCGUUAUGAGUCAACCGCGAGUAAUUGGUCCGAGAACCUGACCAGGUCACGUGCUCUGCGUGUGACCUCAAGUCUUCAACAAGUCGGUGUCGAAUCGACAUCCAGUGCGUCAGUCGGACGGAAACGCGUGUGUUGCGCGACAGAAGCUACGCGGAGUCUCCCGCAAUCAAAUAACCUUCACCCAGCCCUAGGCGGCUUUGGCGGCCCAGGCAUGUGGGAAGGAAUACUUAAUUAA